AUGGAGGCGUCGCGGUUCGGCUUCGACUUCCCGCCGGCGUACAAGUUCGACCCCACCGACGAGGACAUCGUGGCGCACUACCUGCUCCCGCGCGCCAUCGGGUUCCCCAACCCCUACGCGCACGCCGUCAUCGACGACGACCCCUGCAGCUGCCCGCCUUGGGAGCUCCUGCGCCGCCACGGCCACGCCGGCAGCGACCAUGCCUUCUUCUUCGGGCCCCCCAGCGAUCGGGCCGUUAACGGCGUCCGCGCGUGCCGCGUCGUCCGCCCCGGGCCCGAAGGCGGCGCCGGCGGCCUGUGGCGCGGGCAUGACGCCAAGGAGGCGGACCUCGUCGUCGUCCGCAGAGGCGGCGGCGCCCAGCUGCAGCUCAGGUACAGGCGCCGCAACCUGGCUUACUACCACGACGGCGAUCCGAACUCCAGCGGGUGGGUGAUGCACGAGUACCAACUCCUCCAUCCCAAGCUGCUCCCCGGCCCCGUGCUCUCGCGCAUCAGGGUCACCGCCAAGGCCAAGAAGAAGCAGCAGCUCGCCACCAGGGCCAAGAAGCAGCAGCACGCCGCCGCCGCCGAUCAACAGCCUAUCCCGGGUCCAGAGCAGCCAGGCCCGAGCAACUACCCCGGCGACGCCCCAUCACCGGAAAUCUCGUCCUGA